AUUGUAUACAACUCUUUUCAGAUACAACAAAAUUAGAAAAUUAUUAAAAUUUUGAAAAAAAAAGGUUUAAGGUUUUAAAGCUGUGUCAUGACUGUGCUGCAAUGGGCCAUGGGCUUUAAAGGCUGCGGAUUGAAGCCACAGAAGCCUGCCAAUAAUAAAGCCAAAGAUCUGGCAGGCUGCGAGCGGCUGGGCCAACGACUGGGCUCCAUUAUGCUGGAGAAUCAUUCAAAUGAGCUGCUCUUGCGUCAACAGGCGGGUUUGGACAAUAGAAAGAAGGUGCAAACACGUCGUCGAGUCGCUGCGCCAAAAGUCUACAAGUUUCAGCAGAAAUACGAGCGCAAUCGAAAGCAAAAGCAGCGACAGAUCAGCGAGGAACAGGAAAAGUUGCGCCAGUUUCAUAGUCAUCCAGUGCCGAACUUCAAUCAGCUGCACAAACGCUGGGAGCAUCGCAAUCGAGUGCGUCAAAUGGUCUCGCAACACAAGGUGACCACAGCGCAGACGCCUUUGACGCUCGUCACCUCUGCGGAGGCGCGCAAGAAACGUGAGCAAAAAAUGCAGCGAACAUUGCAGAAGCAGCAGAGCUUGCAUCAGCGUCCCAAGCUGACAUCGGCAUCUUUGGACUCUUGGCGCAAGCCACCGUUUCGACCACGCAUUCAGCCUAGUUUCAUCAAGGUGCAGCCGUUUCAUCUGCUGUCCGAGGAACGUGGCAAGCGUCGCAAAGCCUACGAUGAACGCAGCAGAUACGACCAGCAAUUGCGCUAUCGGAAACAGGCUGAAGAAUGGGCGAAACGCUGGCGCGAAGAGUAUUUGAUACUGCGCAAUCAAACAAACUUCAAGGCACGUCCCAAUCCUUGCCAAUCAGGGCAUAUGUUUAGAAAAGCAGUUAAAUCUUAAAAAAUAGUAUACAUAAUACCUGUACUAUAUAGAGACAUGGACACAUGGGCGCUCCUCCUCCGAUGCUGAUGCCAAUCAAGUUGCUCUGAUCCUUGGUGAUGACAACCGCAUUCGUGGUCACAGUCAUGCCCCUAAUUUGCAUAGAGAUCAAAAUUAAAAGUUUAAUUCGAUGAUUUGCAUACAUAAUAUUACAAUUGUCUAGACCUAAUUUGGAGCAUUGAUAUAACGGGGUAGUAAGCGUGCUAUACUCACAUCCAAAGUGCAAAUUUCUAAAUAGCUAUCUUAUUAAUUAUAUUUUAAUUAAUUUUAGUUCUGCAUUUUGGAUAAUAUCAUAAGAUUGCGCCAACUCAUUAGUUCGAUUGCAAUAAAGUUAAAUAUUUAUAUACAAAU